AGGAAGUGAAUCCCGGAAAUGAGCGCUCAUUGAAACAUCACGUCAAAAUUGAAUCGAGGGAUAAAUUAAAGGAAUUAAACGCGUGCGUUACAUCAUGAGGAAUCGCCGAUGACUUUACACGGGAUUUCUGAGGAUGCUGGAGUGAAACCCGGAUCAAACUUCAGAAUAACAGACUGCAGAUGUUAUAAUGUGUGUGUUUAGAGUGACGUGUGUUAGUGGCAGUGCACCAGGACUGAUUGACAGCUGAUCUAAUCCUGUUCUUCAUCAUUAUUUCCCGUCCAAACAGCAUGUUGAUCAGCAGCAUCUGCUCAGGUCUGUCCACUGAAUCUGUGUGCUGGCAUUGAUGCAGUGAUGAUGUUUCCUAAAGCCUCGUUCACGAGCCUGAUCGUGGGGGUGUUCCUCCUGUAUGUGCUGCACACAUGUUGGGUCAUGUAUGGGAUUGUGUACACUAAACCCUGCGAAAACCCCAGAACUGACAGCUGUAUCUCACCUUACCUGGCCGGCAAACCUCGACUGCAGCUCAGCGUCUACACUGCAUUGAGACCGAACGCUGACGGAGGACACAGUCUGAUCCACAGAGAGGAAGAGUUUGAUGUGAACACCAGGUUUGAGAGGUUAAUUAACGUGUCUUUGCCGAAGAAGACACGCAAGAACGGCACGCUGUACGCUAUGGUGUUUGUGCACCAGGCUGGAGUCACGCCAUGGCAGGAUCCGCAUCAGGUGCAUCUAGUCACGCAACUGACCACAUACAUGAUGCCGAAGCCUCCCGAGAUCAGCCUGAUCACGGGACAGGACGACCCACAGAGUCCGGAUCAGCAAAAGCAGAGCAGCGAGUCGGAUCCGGAGCGGCCCGUCUCUCACUGGCGCUCUCGUCUGACGCUGAACGUCGUGUCCGAAAACUUCCAGUUUGAUCGAGAGGCUCUUCCUGGAGACGUGCACCGCUACAUGAGAGUGUAUCAGAACGGCAGGAAGAUGAUUUACCUGCCGCUGCUGUUUGUGGACGAGCUCAGUAACCGAGUGAAGGAUCUGAUGGAAAUCAACAGCAGCUCCACUGAACUGCCUCUGACCAUCUCGUACGACUCCAUCGCUCUGGGGAAACUGCGCUUCUGGAUACACAUGCAGGACGCCGUCUUUUCACUGCAACAGUUCGGCUUCACUGAAAAGGAUGCGGAUGAAAUCAAGGGAAUAUUUGUGGACACUAACCUGUAUUUCCUCGCCCUCACCUUCUUUGUGGCCGCUUUCCAUCUUUUGUUUGACUUCCUGGCAUUCAAAAAUGACAUCAGUUUCUGGAAGCACAAGAAGAGCAUGGUGGGAAUGUCGAGCAAAGCCGUGCUGUGGAGGUGUUUCAGCACUAUCGUGAUCUUCCUGUAUCUGCUGGACGAGCAGACGAGUCUCCUGGUCCUGAUUCCCGCUGGGGUCGGCUCUCUGAUAGAGGUGUGGAAAGUGAAAAAGGCUUUUAAAAUCCACGUCAUAUGGAGGGGCUUGACUCCCACAUUCCUGUUUGGGAAACAGGACGAAUCUGAGAAACGAACAGGGGAAUAUGACACACUGGCGAUGAAGUACCUGUCCUAUCUGCUGUAUCCUCUGUGCCUCGGCGGCGCCGGCUACGCUCUCGUCUUCGUCAAGUACAAAAGCUGGUACUCCUGGAUUAUUAACAGUUUAGUCAACGGAGUGUACGCCUUCGGAUUCCUCUUUAUGCUGCCUCAACUCUUUGUAAAUUACAAGAUGAAAUCAGUCGCUCAUCUGCCCUGGAAAGCCUUUAUGUACAAGGCUUUUAACACGUUUAUCGAUGACGUGUUUGCGUUCGUCAUCACCAUGCCCACGUCACACCGGCUGGCGUGUUUCAGAGAUGACGUGGUGUUCCUCGUGUACCUGUAUCAGAGAUGGCUCUAUCCAGUGGACAAAACCAGAGUGAACGAGUACGGCGUGUCUUACGAUGAAGAGCCCAAAGGAAAAUCCCAUAAAGAUUGACAUCGGCACAACAGGACAGCUCGGCAUUAUCAUGAGAUCAGACAUCCGAUUCAAAACCGAAGGACAACACUGCAUUUGUCUAUUUGAGCUCAGUUUUGCUGAAGUAAACAGAGGAUUUUGAGCAGAGACUCUCUGUCGGAGCGUCUUUCACAGUUCAAACGGUUGCUAUAUAUUGAGUUAUAGGUUAAGAAGUAAAACUAUGAAAAGCUUGUGUAAAUUUACAGAAUGUAUUUUGAUGGGACCUUGAAUUCAGUCUCAAAAAGUGUUUUGUAAUUAAGACCACAUCACAAGGGUGCCAAAAGACCAGAGUUUCAGAUUAAUUAUCUGUUUUGUUUCCGAAUAUGAAUUAAUUUGAGUAACAUGACUGUUGUUUGUGUGUUGAGAGAGUAUGAUGUAUGUUUGUCUUUGCGUUCCAUUCCAAUAAAAGUGUUUCUGUGAUU